CCCGAUUGCUAAGCUCCAUCAUCAAUAUAAUACAUCCUCCUUCCUCCACUUUCAUAUCUAUAGAGUACUAUUGGCUCUUCCCCCAGGCCACACCCAUACCACAUCAUAUAUAUCCUCUCUCAUAAUCUAUCUGGUUGGGUUUUUUCAUUUUUGUUUUCUUUCUAGAUAUUAUCAUUAACUUGGCUUGCCCGUGAUAUAUAAUCACCUCCCCACCACCAGGUUGAUUAUCAACCACGGAAGACAAGAUUUUUUCUCUAAAUCUAGCUAGAGAAACAAAAUACAAUAUAUAUGUACAUAUCUAUUAUAUUUUUUUGUUUUGAUUUUUGUUUUUUAAUUUCCUCUAGAUAUUUCUUCAUUUUAAAGCCUAGCUACUAUCUCUCAAGUCUUGCCAUUGAAAAUUGAAACUGCAGUUCAAAAUUACAUAAGAUCGAGCAAAUUUUGAUUUUGAAUUUGCUCGAUCAUUAAUGCAAAUAUUAAUUAAUUAAUUAAUUAAUUAUGCGAGAUCAUGAAGAAGAUAGGAAUCGUCCAGAAGGCAACGGCGAGGUUCCUGCGGCGGCGGCAGAGGAGCUGAGCCCCAAUCUCUUCACAAAAUAUGAUCUUGGUAAACUCCUUGGGUGCGGAGCCUUCGCCAAGGUCUACCACGCCCGUGACCUCCGCACCGGCCAAAGCGUGGCUAUCAAAUCUAUCAACAAGCAGCGUAUUCAGAAAGGAAACCUAGCUGUUCACAUUAAACGGGAGAUCGUUAUCAUGCGCAGGCUGCGCCACCCCCACAUCGUGCGCCUCCACGAGGUCCUUGCUACGAAAACCAAGAUCUACUUCGUCAUGGAAUUCGCCAAAGGCGGCGAGUUGUUUGCAAAGAUCGCCAAAGGUAGAUUUAGUGAAGAUCUCUGCCGCAAAUAUUUCCAGCAAUUAAUCUCCGCCGUCGAUUACUGCCACUCCCACGGCGUUUUCCACCGUGAUCUCAAGCCCGAAAAUCUGUUAUUAGACGAAAACUGGGACUUGAAAGUCACCGAUUUCGGACUCAGCGCUGUAACGGAUCAGAUCCAAAGCGACGGUUUGCUCCAUACGUUGUGCGGUACUCCUGCUUACGUAGCACCGGAAAUCCUAGCUAAAAAAGGCUACGAUGGUGCUAAAGUUGAUGUGUGGUCCUGCGGAGUUAUUCUCUACGUUCUGAAUGCGGGAUAUCUACCCUUCAACGACACCAAUUUGAUGGCCAUGUACAGAAAAAUCUACAAAGGCGAAUUCCGUUGCCCUAAAUGGACCUCACCCGAUCUCAACAGGUUUUUGACCCGCAUACUUGAUCCAAAUCCGAGCACCAGAAUCACGGUGCACCAGAUUUUGAGUGACCCCUGGUUCAACAAGGGGUACAAGGAGAUUAAGCAUCCAGUUGACAGGGACUUCGAAUUUAAGGAAUAUUCAGAAGCGCGUUACUUGAAUGCUUUUGACUUGAUCUCUUAUUCCUCCGGUUCAGAUCUCUCCGGUUUGUUCGGUAACAGUGGGAAUCGGGUCAAUUCUGAAAUGUUUGUGUCCGCUGAGUCGCCGGAGUGUAUAAUCGGAAGGUUUGAGUCCUUGGCGGAGGAGGAGGGUAUGGGGGUGGCAAAGAGGGGAAUGGGGGUGAGGUUGCAUGGGCAUAAUUGGAAAUACGUUCUCAUGGUAGAAAUCAACCGGUUAACGGAAGAACUGGUCGUAGUGGAGGUCAAAAGAAGUGGAUCUGGACGCGAUUUAUGGAAAGAGAAAUUCAAGCCCCGGCUGAAUGAUUUAGUUCAUAAACCUGACCUCCCCGCUGCAGGUAACUAGGAUAAGUUGUACUCCAAAAAAAAUAAAAAUUGAAAUUUGUCUAUUAACUAAAUAUAAUAUUAAUAUAUAUAUACAUAUUAUGCGCCGGGAAGAUGCAAAAACGAAGAUCACAUUCACACAGUACGUAGUUGAAUAUGCGAAUAUGCUGGAAGUGAAGGCCUAUAAUCCUAUAAAGAUCAACAGAUAUAUUAAUAAAUCAAGUCUGGAUUUUAAUUACAAAUGGAAUCAAUUAGAAAAAGUAGUGUGGUUUCCGAUCGACGUGUCCACACAUUAAAGAAAGGACUAAUAUAUCAUUAUAGAUAAUCCUAUAAUUGUAAGUUGUCUCCA